GAUGCCUCGUGGAAAGCUGAUUGUGUUUGAAGGUCUUGACAGAUCAGGGAAGUCCACACAAUGUGAGAGACUGGUAUCGUAUCUUUCCGAGAAAGGCUUGCCAGUCAAACAUCGGCGGUUUCCUGGUACGUGGUUCAGAUCGCUUAUUGCACUCGAGGAAAGGCUCAUCUCUUCAACAGAUAGAACAACCCCAAUCGGUCAAAUGAUCAACAACUAUCUGCAAGGUCAGAGUGAACAAGAAGAUCAUGUCAUUCAUCUGCUCUUCUCUGCAAACAGAUGGGAAGCAGUCGCAUCGAUAGAAGCAGACAUCAAUGCUGGAACCACUGUUGUCAUCGACAGAUACUAUUAUUCUGGGUGUGUCUAUUCUGCAGCGAAGAACAAUCCCAGCCUCGAUCUCGCUUGGUGCCGUCAUCCUGAAGAAGGUCUUCCUCGACCCGAUCUGUGUCUAUUUCUCGACAUCUCUGCAGAGGAUGCAGCAAAGCGAGGGGGUUGGGGCGAAGAACGAUACGAGAAGAAGGAGCUCCAAGAUCGAGUUCGCCAGCUCUUUGCUGACAUACGAGCCACGGACGAUGGUUCUGACUUCGUAACCAUAAACGCUGGCCAAAGUCUUGAGGAUGUCGAAAGCGCAAUUCGCCAUCAUGCCGAAACUUGUAUCAGCAUGACAGAUGGUUCAAGUCCUCUGCGACGCAUUCAGCCUUGG